AAUCAACUGACAAAUAAAAUCUGGUGAGGAUGUUGGCAAUAGGAAUCUGCUGCUAAGGUUACAUCAAGAUUGGUCCUGUUUAGGGUGUGCCCACAGAUCGACUUGCUGGGGAGGGGCGUAAAGACUGUUUUUGUCACCAGUCAAGCUCCGGUGUCUUCUGGAGGUGUUUUUUUUUUUUAAAUUAGAAGAUGGGCAGAUGGCAACUUGAACUCAAGAAUUCCAAAAACGAAAUAUGAGUAAGGUUGACCAAGCUGACGGCUGCUAAAGGGAAAUAGCGUUUUAGCUCUGACUGUAUUGGAAUGGGUGGGCGGGCGCACGUUUAUAGGAAGAGUCCAGACCAUCAUUGGAACAGGAAGGAGAGGAGGAGACAGGGAUGAGGGAAAGAAGCCACCUGGCAAUAAGCUAAAUAAGGAUGCUUUUGCAGGAGUGUGAGGACCCUGCGCUGAAUUUUGCCCAGGACAAUAGCUAUUAGGAGUGCCAGGUUUGUUCCUGAGUCGUUGUAGAGCAACUUUAUCGCUGCUGAGGUCCAAUAACCUGCCUGCUAUCCUCACUUUGGAAAGAACUUUGAAGGGGCAAAUUAGGAGAUGCGUCAUGUCUGAGCCACAGAAAUGGGGAAGCUCGAGGAUAACGAGAGGGUGAUCGUCAAUGUCGGGGGUACCAGACACGAGACCUACCGGAGCACCCUGAAAACGCUGCCGGGCACCCGACUGGCUCUGCUCGCCUGCCAGUCCCUAGGCGACUCCCCUGGCGGCGGAGAGGAGCACUAUCAGCCGCCACUUCUGCCCGCCCCGAACCCGCUCCCCAACCCUGGAGGCGGCGGCGGCGGCACCCUGGAUACUGUGGGCGGGAGCGGCUGGAGUUCGCGCCCCAAUGGCGGUGGCGUCACACGUGGCGGGAGCGGCGCGUGCUGCGAAUUCUUCUUCGACCGCCACCCGGGGGUCUUCGCCUACGUGCUCAACUACUACCGCACCGGGAAGUUGCAUUGCCCCGCCGACGUGUGCGGGCCGCUUUUCGAGGAAGAGCUGGCUUUCUGGGGCAUCGACGAGACCGACGUGGAGCCCUGCUGUUGGAUGACCUACAGGCAGCAUCGCGACGCUGAGGAGGCGCUGGACAUCUUCGAGGCGCCCGACUUAAUCACCGGCGAGCCGCCUGGCGACCCCGACGACUACGAGUUAGCCGCCAAGCGCUUGGGCGUCGAGGACAUGGGUGCUAUGGGCGCCUCCUCGUCUUCCUCUGCUAACGGGUCCCCUCUUGAUGGGAACGGCGGCCGCUGGAAGAAGCUCCAACCGCGCAUAUGGGCGCUCUUCGAGGACCCCUAUUCUUCCCGCGCCGCCAGGUUCAUUGCUUUUGCCUCUUUAUUCUUUAUCCUACUCUCAAUUACCACUUUUUGCCUGGAAACCCAUGAAGCAUUUAAUACCAUCAAAAAUAAAACAGAACCUAUCAAAGAUAGCGAGCCAGUUCUGCAGUAUGAAAUAGAGACAGAUCCGGCUCUAACAUAUGUCGAAGGAGUCUGUGUGGUGUGGUUUACAUUUGAAUUUUUAGUCCGUGUUGUUUUUUCACCCAACAAACGUGAAUUCAUAAAAAAUCUCUUGAAUAUCAUUGACUUUGUGGCAAUUUUGCCUUUCUAUCUAGAAGUGGGUCUGAGUGGGCUCUCCUCUAAAGCUGCUAAGGAUGUGCUUGGUUUCCUCAGGGUGGUGAGGUUUGUGAGAAUAUUGAGAAUCUUCAAGCUCACUCGACAUUUUGUUGGCCUCAGGGUGCUUGGUCAUACACUCCGUGCGAGCACCAAUGAGUUUUUGCUGCUGAUAAUAUUUUUGGCAUUAGGAGUGUUGAUAUUUGCCACCAUGAUCUAUUAUGCUGAGCGAAUAGGUGCCAAACCCAAUGACCCAUCAGCUAGUGAACAUACAGAGUUCAAAAACAUUCCCAUUGGGUUUUGGUGGGCUGUGGUCACCAUGACUACUCUUGGAUAUGGAGACAUGUAUCCAAAGACUUGGUCAGGCAUGCUAGUGGGUGCUCUGUGUGCUUUAGCUGGAGUGCUGACCAUAGCCAUGCCUGUGCCUGUUAUUGUCAACAAUUUUGGAAUGUACUAUUCUCUGGCCAUGGCAAAACAGAAGCUUCCAAGAAAGAGAAAGAAGCAUAUCCCACCUGCUCCUCAGGCAAGGUCCCCUACAUUUUGCAAGACAGACUUGAAUAUGGCCUGCAAUAGCACACAGGGAGAAGUCUGUCUUGGCAAAGACAACCGGCUAAUGGAACAUAAUAAAUCAGUGUUAUCAGGUGAAGACAGUACAGAAAGUGAGCAGCCAUUGCCACCUAUGGAAAGGCCCCCAACAAUCAGACGCUCUAGUACCAGAGACAAAAACAGAAGAGGGGGAACAUGUUUUCUACUGACAGCAGGUGAUUACCCAUGUCCUACUGAUGGAGGAAUCAAGAAAGGCUACGAAAAAUCCAGAAGUUUAAACAACAUAACUGGCAUGGCAAGCAAUGCCUUGAGACUGUCUCCAGUAAUAUCACCUUACAGCUCACCUUGUCUAAGACGCUCUCGAUCUCCCAUUCCAUCUAUCUUGUAAACCAGAGGCUAUAAGUUGAUUACAUUACUGCAAUUUAAAUGCUGCUUAUUAACUAACGGGAUAGCUAUAGUAUUAACCAAGUUCUAUUUACAGAAGUAUAAAUCUGUGUUAUACUUGUUAGUGUCCAACAGUAGCACUUGGAUAGCUGAAGAUUCUAAUUUUGCUUGUAAGAUCUUCUGAAGUACAGUAGGCUUGAUUCCUCUUCACUGCUAUUGUCCUACAUUACCACAGCAAUAAAAUAACUGAACAGUGUAAAUAAAUGACCAUAUUUUCAGGGAGAUAUAUUUAAAUAAAUGUGCUUCCAUUGAUAAUUAUUCCAUUGUACCUUCAUUACUUGUGAUUCCAACCUUUUCUGAAUAUGUCAGAUCUUGUCAUAAUUGCAUAGGAUGUGACUUCAGUCUAAUCAUGUUCAUUGACCAUUCUGUUUCCAUUACCUGAAAUCCAUCUUGCAGAUUAAUUGGAAUCUUAGAUGACCUAGGACUGUGUAGAUCUGUUGUUGUUUUAAUUGUACCAUCUUAUUGAAAUCAGAGUGAUGUUCGAUGGAUCUGCAUGUGGGAUUGGGUAGUUUGUGUUUAUUUUGGUUCUCUUUUAUUUAUUUUUUUCAAAAAUGUUAUUUCUUGAUUGAUUUAUUUUAGUACUGGGUUAAUAUAUCAGAGUUUUGAAUAUUUCUGGUUGUUUGCACACAGAUAACUGCAAAGAGGUUGUCAUUACUGGGUACACGCAAGCAGAGGCCAGAUCUCUUUCUUAAUGGCUUGGGGAAGGCACAAAACAUGAAAGAAAGGUAAACACAGUCCAGGCUUGCAAUAUUAAGUUAGCAAGUGCUGCUUGGUAGUACAGUCAUUUCUCUUCUCCAGGAUUUUUCAACAUUUUCAGAUGCAGAGUAACAAGGUUUCUUUUUUUCUGUUCUUUAGUUUAGUUUUUGUUUGGGUUUGUCAUAGCUGUAAGAGGACAAAUAGUUCUAAAAUGGGGUUUUGACCAGCCAUAAACCUCUAACUCUAAGGCUUUCACAAUUUAUUUGUCAAUAUUUCUUUAUUUUUUCUUUAAAUGCUUUGUCAUGUUUGUUGUGUCACAGUUUUCCUGUCUGUAUUUUUCAUCUGUCUUCAUGUUCCACAGUUGCCUUCUCCAAAGCUGCUCUUUUCAUGUAAGUUUAACUGCUAAAAGCAUUUGCUUCCUUCCCCCACUUUUUGACACAUGUAUCUAUGCAUAUGCCAAGAAUAGCUUGAUAAAUGGCCACUUCCUUAACAUUUUUCAAAAGGUGGGAUUUAGCAAUGGUUUUGUCAUUUCAUUAGGAUUGCGGCUUCAAUCCCACAUUUUUACAAACUGCAUUCAUUUUUAUGUUCAAAUUUUAUUCUCUAUAACUGCUUUUUCUUUAUAAUAAAAACAAGGUGACAUGAUUUAAGCAACACUAUGAGCUUAGUUGCAGAUAUGAAGUUUUGGGCUGGUGAGGAAAAACACUCAAUAAUGUGAAAGACUACAGGUUUUUUUUUAAGUAUUAUAAGAGAUCCUUCAGAUUGUUGAAAAAUCCCAAAUUUUUGUAUGUUUAGGAUUGCUAAGAAAACAAGUCUAUCUAAACAUGUAAUGUUCUUUGCAUAAGAUGCAUGUAGAUGUACAUUUAUUUUGGUAAUAGCACUUGCAGAUAUAGAUGUACAGUACAUAUAUUUAAUAUGAAAAUAGAUUCAUCAAGAAAUUAAUAUAUGAUGCUGCUAUUAUUGGCUACAGUGUUAUACAGAAUUUAUCAUGGAUUUUUGACUGCUGAAAAAGGGACAAUGGAAUUUAGCCAUAUCAAGGACUGUACUGGAAAGAGACUGCUCCUCCUGAAUGGGCCCUGAUCAUCACCUAACGCCUUGAAGAGAUUCUUCUAAUUUCCUAUGGAAGUCGAGCUUGUUAUGAGAAUUAAGGACCAAUUUUAACAGCUGCUGUCAGCAGAUGCAGUUAUUAGUCACUAUUGAUGAGUCAACUGUAAAUAAGAUGUGUGUGCAUGGAAUAUCAGCUUUAGACAUCUAUGCCAAGGGAUGCUGCAUCUCUGAAACCUCAUGAAAAAAGACUAACACAACUUUUUGUGUAUUCUUCUUGGUCACUACAACAGGCCAUACUGUGGAUCAUAAAAGGCACACAAUUUAACAAUAGUGAUGUUAGCACAUACAUUUCCUCAUAGCAACUGUAUUUUUGCAAAGUUUGUAACUUAAGAACAUUAAUGUCAUAGGAUUUUUCAAGAAGUUUUUGCACUCUCAGUUUGCUUUAUCUAUAUUUUUAUGAAUUCUAUUGAAUAUGCCAAGAGAUGGUUUAGAUUGAUCUGGAUUACACAGAGGUAUGAAUGCAGGUGAAAGAAGUAAACUAAAGAAAAAAAUCACAGACUUUGCCAGAAAUGUAUAGAUGCUUUUUGUUGUUGUUUUGAUUUACUUCAUUGUUACCUCAUAGGUAUUGAAAGAAAUAAAAUAUGGGCAGUAAAAUAUAUUAUAGUUUUUUUAUUGAAAUGAUCACAAAACGAUAUUAGUAAAUCUAAAGUAGGAAAUAUGAUAUAGAUCUUAAAAUGUAUAUUUUGCAUAACAGAGAAAUUCUUUACUUUUUUGUGAUUUUUGUGAUAAAAUUGUUCUAGUCUAUUCAACGUCUAUGAUGCUUUGUUGCCAGGUACUGUGUGAUAACUUAUGUUCUCUCCCUGCUGUUUAAUAAGACUUUCUCCAGAAACUGUUUGUCACUCUAUUUUGAAUGUAAGAACAUUUCCCACAUAUGAAACUCUGUAUUGUGGACCUUUCUGUGAAACUGUCAAAAGGUGCAUGCAGAAGCCUGGUGGAAGCCUGUGGCCAUGUAACCAAUCAAAAUAGAGAAUAAAAUACAAAAGAUCUUGGGGAAGACG